UUUCUGAAUUAUCUAUGUGAUGCAAGUCGUGCACAUGACGCGCUUUUUUUCAAACACAAAGACAACGGUAAUUACGUCACAGCCCCUCUGCUGCUUUUUUCCUUUCUAUUUUUUUUUCUAUUUAUUUAUUUUACCCAGUUUUUCUUUAAGCGUAGCUGGCUUGUCUGUCCGUCUUGGACGCACCAGUGAGCGCGGCUCGUCAAACCGUAGGACACGUUGAGCAGCCAGACGAGGAGGAGGAGGAGGAGAAUAAGAGGAGGCGACGGGGCUCUUGGUGGGAUGAGAACAUCCUCAUUCAUCCGUUUUUUCAAGCUGGAAUAACAUCUGAGACUCGGCCGUUUGACGGGAACCUGCUGUUUGAACUCACGAGACGUUAUAUAAGGCGAAUAACGGACCCCGAUGAGAGCGCGCGUGAGUGUGACAGCGCAGCAGGGUUUGCCACCAUCACCGGAGAAGCGACAGAAGCUUUGGACCUCUUUUUUCACCCCCCUCCCUCUAUGUUUGUGCGCUCAAAGGCGAUAAAUGCUAAUUCAUUCAAGUUGCUAGCUAGCUUGGAAGCCCCUGCCAAUGCUGCUCUAUUCACUGCGGUGUGCGUUGCGGUUUCACUUAGCUAGGCGGCUAACCGGGGCGCAGAUGAGCUGAGUGCGUAGCGGAAUGAUUAACAGAAGAAACCUCCUCCAGACUGCCGCUGAUGGCUCAGAUUAAUUGUCUAUACUGGCUUCGUAAUUUUUCUGCGUGAUUCUCAAAUCCAGCCGCGCAGUCCGCCGUGUCUGCUCUCAUACCUGGCGGGGCCCUGGUAUCAUUCAUAAAACUGUCCUGGACGCAAAAGAAUGGGCCCCGGUCUUAAAUUGGAAAACAAAGAAUUAGGCUACUGAAGAGGUUAAGCUGGUUAGAGAGGCUUGCUCUGGCUUCUUUUUUUAAAUACAGCUAGCAAGCUGUUUAAGCAGUCAGUCGCCGAGUCUGGACCGUACUGCUCGCUCGUGUCUUUGCCCAUAUUUUUCUUGCGUGCUGGUUUUUGCGACUCACCACAAUGGGUAGUCUUGCCGGGAGCGCCGGGACGGUUGAAGUGGAGCCCAUGCCGGGGUACAUAGAGUUCAUCACCAGAUCCACCGUCGUCAUGCUGGACGCAUGGAGAGACUGUAGCAGCUGCGGUCUGGAGCUCAGCAAACGGACUUUCCUGGAUAACGCAUACAUUACCUGGACCGAAAUCGCCCUGUUUUUCUUUUGCGCCUAUUUGUGGACGAAGGUCAGGAGGGGACUGACAGAAAGUCUGUUUAAGCCUCUCGGAGAGUGGUGUAGGCUGCUGCCCAAAGAUGCUGCCAAGAUGCCAGAGAGCGGGUGGAAGCUGGUCUUCUACACCAUGUCCUGGUCCUACAGCACCUACCUGCUCUUCUUCACCUCCUACUCCUAUUUCCAUGACCCGCCCUCUGUCUUCUACGACUGGAAGAGCGGUAUGUCAGUGCCUACAGACAUCGCCAUCGCCUACCUGAUCCAGGGCAGCUUCUACGGCCACUCCAUUUAUGCUACCAUCUAUAUGGACGCAUGGAGGAAGGACUCUGCUGUCAUGGUGGUGCACCACAUCAUCACGCUGGCACUCAUCAGCUUCUCCUACGCAUUCCGAUACCACAACAUCGGGAUUCUAGUGUUAUUCCUGCACGACAUCAACGACAUCCAGCUGGAGUUCACCAAGCUCAACGUCUACCUGAAGUCCAGAGGAGGAGGCUAUUACCUGCUAAACGACGUGCUGUCCAACUUGGGCUCCGUCAGCUUCAGCAUCACUUGGUUCUGGUUCCGUCUGUACUGGUUCCCCCUCAAAGUCAUGUAUGCCACAUGUGUGUCCAGCCUCCAGUCCGUCCCCCACAUCCCCUUUUACUUCUUCUUCAAUGCGCUUCUCUUCGCCCUGCUUCUCAUGAACAUCUACUGGUUCUUGUUCAUUGUGAUGUUUGUAGUGAAGCUGCUGAAAGUAAAGGAGGUGAACGAUGUUAGGGAGUACGAGGACGAGGACAGCAGGAAAGAACCUUCGGCAGAAAACAGCACUGAUGAUGCUGGACAUCACAACUCUGCACAGGGGAAACACGUGCAGAACGGGAUCACAAAGGAGAAGCAUUUAUAACAGGCCCUCCGUCACCACCACCUGGCACUAGGCUGCUGGUACACGCAAGACAAAGACGCCCUCCUUCAACGUGGAGCAUGUUUUAAAGGAAGAGCAUCGUGAAAGGAAAAUAAAGGGAAACAUCGAGUUAGGGUCCGAUGACUUUUUACUCUCUGUAUUUGUUUUUAGAACAUUUCAAAUCAUCGCUGUCAUUUUGUUUCCAGAUUGGUUUAAUUGGAGCACUGUGAAUGUUAUUUCAGCCGACUUUUUGUCUUACUCUUGUUAACUUUACAUUUGACAGAUUCAGUAGAAACGAGCAGUCUGAAUGAGAGCUGGACUGUGAUUGUCGCGUACAGUUGUGCAGGGCCUAUAGCACCCUGGACAGCACCGCAGCGCCAGGCGAGGAAAGGUUUCGGCCUGUAAAUGGUUCUGUAGACAUUUAGAUAUUUAGUAAUUCCUAAUGAAUCGCUUCCUCUGUCUUACACCUCCGCCCGUCCUCUCUGACCUAUGAUAUGAGGAAGAAGGGCAAAAAACAAACACGGCGCGGUGGUGUGAGAAAGCCUGCCUGGCCUUAUGGCCGCUUCACCACAUGUAUUGAUUUUCAUAUCAUCGCACAAGUCGGUGGCUGGGACCAGGCGGCUCUGGCUGCCUGCUUUCAAUUAGCUUGAUUUCAAAAAACCAGGCUGUGUGUGUAGGUGUGUGUGGGUGUGUGUGUGUGUGUAGAAAGUGGAUGUUUUUUAAUCUUUUGUUUCUCUUGUACUGACCAUCAGCAGGCAUUAGGAAUAUCCACCUGUCAUUCCUGUACGGAAAGUUUAUUUGUUUUGUUUUUUAAAUUAUUCGUUCCCGUGUGUGUGUGUGUGUGUGUGUGUGUGUGUGUGUGUGUGUGUGUGUGUGUGUGUGUAUGUGUCGCAGAGCAUCUGUUGCUGACAUGAAGGUGUACAAGCUGAUUGCUGGUUUAAUGACGGCAAAUAGCUGGACUUGAUUGACUGGGUUUCAGAAUCAAAAGAUUUCAGGUGGUGGCGGCUAAAAAAAAGGAGCCAAUAACAAUCAUGGAAAGACUGAAUGACGAAAAACAAAACGUUAUGUAUGCGCAGAUUAUGGAAUUCAGAAAUGCAUGACAUCGGAAUGAUUUUGGAACUGCUAUGAAAUUAUCACGAAACAUCCUACAGCUGUGUAAUCAUGAAGUUUUUACUAACUCGUCCUAAAGGGCAUCUGUUUGUUUUCUUUGUGUUUUUUUGAGCAGCGAGGCCACAGAACACACAAAUGUCCCAGAAACGUUUCCCCCAGCCUAAGGGAAGAUUUUUCUAUGAUUUGUAAUUUGAGCAUAUUAAUAACUUGAACUCGAGUGAAAGGGAACCGUUCCCUCGGUUUUCCCUCGCUGGUUUCCAGCUCGUGCUUUAGUGGGAAUGGCCGCUGUAGAAAAUAAGGGAUAUUUCUGUUUUUCCACCUUCUCGAUCAAAUUCAAGCGCUUGUUUGGAUGAACAGCAUGCUUGUGCUGCUGGAGCAGGCUGCAGAUGUCGUCUGUCCCUAUGAGACGAUCCGCUUUGCUUUGUUUGUCUUCCACGCUCCUCGCAUCGUGUUUGGGGGGGGGGGAUAGAGCUAACUUAUUUCCUUUUCCUUAGUAUCUGUUAGUGCAGGUUAUCUGCGUUGAUUUAUUUUAAUUUGCUGCUGUUAUUUUUCCUGAGAGAGAGCACUGUUUAUAUUUCAGAUGUGUCGUUGUUUUUCCUGCUGUGUGCGAGUCGCUGAUCGUCUGACAGCCCAGGUUGGAUAUUUUCAGGGACCGGGGGGGGGGGUUGUCCAUCUACGUGGCAAACAUCUGGAUCUAGUCUCCGACCUCUUCCAUUUAAUCUGAAUGCUGGCUUGCACUCGUUUUACUGUAGUUAUGACACAUCUGUACUGUAGGUGACACGGUUGAUCCGACAUGUUGCUGUCCUUCUGCUUCAGCUGUGAGGCGAGACUAUCCAUAGUUUGCUGAUGAGCUCAGAAUGAAGUCUGCAGUAAACCCUCAACAAUCCACGACCUGGAUCAGGUGUGACUCACCCCCUAAAUCCUGAUGUGGCGCUCUCAGAAAGGUCUCUCCCACCGUGUCGUACAGCUGCGCUGAUGUCUGUACAAGUAACUGUUCUUGGGGUGGGCAGUAUGGUUAUGCAUAACACUAGCCAACGUGCUAACUGCUUCCACCCUGGUCACUGUCCUUCAGAACCUCAUUGUGUUUUUAAUCAGCAAGUACAAAUUCUGAAUAUAAAAAAUGAUCAUUAUGACAGAUUUCACCCAUAUCGCCCAGCGCCGGCUCAGAGUUGACUAAAACCAUCCUGUCAACACUGGCGUACAGCUGAGGUCAUGUGAACGGACCUCAUCAGCAUACACCAUAAACAUCAGGGCGUGAUGUUAGUGUUUACAAACACAUCGUUAAACCAGCAUAAACGGACCGAGAUGUUAGCAGCACAGCACGCUGUACGCUCUCACCUCAUCGCCCCCAUUCCCUUAUAUUUAGGGGAGUGAUGAUAAAUCAGUGAAGGACUCCCAGGACCUCCUGUUGCAGGUGAUGAAAAGUGAAAGGAGGAGGAUAUAUUUGGUCCCUGUAUGCAUACAGUCGCCAAAGCAUCAUAACUGACAGGGCGACCUUACUGAUGAGGUCGCAUCUGGUGUUUUUGUUGUUGUUCAGGUAUGUUGGCUGGUUUGCAGUUACUAAAAAUGUUUUAGGGAGUGAUGACACAAAGGGUACUUUCCACAGACUCAUCAGUGUAACGGCAUGUUUGAGAAGUCACCUUAUUUAAGAGACUGCAGUAAGCAGAUUAUUACACGUUGAUCUUGGCACCUCAGCUUCGUCCUCUCCCAAUAAACAAACAAAAAUUACAUUCAGAUUGUUUCUGGUCAAUAUGGAAACUUUUUUUCCACCUCUGAAAAAAAAAAAAAUGCCAGGUAGAGUUAAUGAAAAUUUCAAUUGCAAAAAAAUGAAAUAAAAAGAAAUUCGGUGGCAGAAACAAACUUUCAGAAACUGCCUCAAACUUUUUGACCCAAAGCUUUGUCAUGAAUUGAUUGUGCCAAAAUUUCCACCCGAGCUGAUGAGGCGAGUGUCUGUGGGAGCCGGUGAUGAGCGAAGAGGAGCGCUGAGUGACAGGGCCAGAAAAAGCCCUGCAGGUAUUUUUACGCAUUGCACUGUAAUUUAUUAGUAUUAUUUUUAUUGUUCAUCAGUAGAUCAAAAUUAAAAGGUGCAUUUGGCAAUUGUUACCAGUGUGACUGAAGGGUGAUUAACGAAAUCGCUUUAAUUUCAAAUGUGUUUUAACUUUGUUUUGGACCGUUGAUGCACAAAGAUGUACAAAUGACCCCCGAGGUUUUCAGCUGAACUAAAUCUGGCCACUUUCUAAAACACGACUACUUGAUAAAAACAAACCUCAUACUUGCUUUUUUGUAAUACAAUUUUAAUACCAUUCAGCCAAUGUUAUCGUUUCAUUUUUUUCUCAUUAAAUAAAACAUGUGGGUAAAGAAUGAUUUGAGUGUUUUUCAUGUAUCAUUUAUUUUUAAUCACAACCGUUUUCACUUUCAUUGCAAAGAUCAAGUGUUGCAGAUGAGGUGAAGCAGAUUCAGUGCACGAAACAAAAACAAAGCCAUUUAAUAAAUUAUAACUCAUAUGUACCACACAGUCAUUUCCCCCUCCAUGGGUCUGCUGAUUGGGAGGGGGAGGGGUCACAGGUCAUGUGGUAACAGAGAAAAUACAUUU